AUGGAGGCGGAGUUUUCCUGCGACUGCCUUCAGCAAUUCACCCCAGUGUCCCGAGUCACUGAGCCCGCUUUUCGUGCGGCCCAAGAUGACGAUGGAAGUAUUGUUCUUGCUGACAACAAAUGUCAGUGCGUCCGGGCUACUUCCAGGAUCAUCCCCUCUCCAAAAAAUUCUUCUGAAGAUAUUGUGGAGAGAAACAUCAGAAUUAUUGUUCCUCUGAACAGCAGGGAGAAUAUCUCUGAUCCUACUUCACCAGUGAGAACCCAAUUUGUGUACCAUUUGUCGGACUUCUGUAAAAAAUGUGACCCUACAGAAGUUAAGCUGGAUAAUCAGAUAUUUACUGCCUCUCAGAGCGAUAUCUGUGAAGAAGAAGCCGAGACCUGUUAUACUUACGACAGAAACAAGUGCUACACACAUAAGAUCCCAUUUUCCUAUGGUGGUAAGACCAUAAUGGUGGAUGCAGCCCUGACCCCGGAUUCCUGCUAUGCUGACUAAAUAAGUCAUUGCUAACUGCACAGCUGCUUACCUUUAGAGGCUCUCCAUUUACAUCAAAAAAGUUCAUGUUUUUUACUACCAGUCAGUUUGAAACCAUGAUAUUUUUGAUAAUGUAAAACAUUAACCCCUGCAAUAAUGGAGGUAAUUACUUCUCAACUAUGUUUACUUCAUAAAUAUUGAAAAUUGUCACUUAUUCUUGCCUGAAGAGUAUAAGUCUUUAAGAAUACAACUUCUAGCAUUUACAAGAGGAUAAGGGGAAAAAA